AUGGAGCUACAUGGGUUUGGUGAUGCUUCUGAAAAGGGCUAUGAGGCUUGUGUGUACCUGCGAGUACAUGUGGAGAACAGCUCAUAUAAGGUGUCAUUAGUACCCUCUAAGUCAAGAGAUGCACCCAUAAAGACAAUUACAUUGCCGAGGUUAGAACUCAUGGGAUCUCUUUUGUGUUCAAGAUUAGUCAACUUUGUGAAGAAUGCCCUUAACUUAGAUAACAGUGUUAGAGUUAGGCGUUGGGCAGAUUUUACCAUUGCUCUGUCAUGGAUUCAAGGAGAUGCUAGUAAGAAGGACAUAUUUGUAGCUAAUCGGGAAAGGGAAGGUAACACAGUUGUUAAAGAUAAAAAAGAAAUAAGCACAGAAAGUACUGUUGCCUGUCUCAAUGUACAAGGAGUGCCAGAAAACCCUUUGAUAGAUUUAGAUCAAUUCAGUAAAUUAAGCAAGGUGUUAAGAGUUACAGCUUAUGUCUUAAGAUUUAUCAGAAAUUGUAAAAUUAGUCAAAACAAAGUGGAGGGCCCUCUCAUUACUGAAGAGAUUGAUUUUGCUAAAUUGAAGUUGAUUUACUGCAUCCAAAGAGAAGUGUUUUCUGUAGAAAUAAAGGCACUUUUAGGUAACAAGGCUAUUCCUCAGUGGUCUAAAUUAAGAAAUCUUGACCCCUUUCUAGAUGAUAAAAGAUUAUUAAGAAUUAAGGGUCGUCUUGAGUUUUCUAACUUAGACUAUGACACUAAACAUCCUGUCAUAAUUCCCAAUGGUCAAUUUGCUAAGUUGUUGAUCAGAUUUCAGCAUGAGUUUUUGAAGCAUGCAGGUGUGGAUACUGUAAUUUCAUCCCUACGGAAUAGCUUUUGGAUUAUAGGAAUGAGGAGAUUAGCUAAGACAGUAAUGAAGGAAUGUUUAAGUUGCCGUUGGCAUGAUUCAAAACCUUGCAGUCAACCUGUGGCUCCAUUACCCAAAGAAAGAGUAAGGUCUUCUCCACCCUUUGAUGUAACAGGCUUAGGUUAUGCAGGCCCUCUCUUUUGUGCCGAUUGUUCUAGUAAGAAAUUUUAUGUAUUGUUGUACACUUGUGGUGUUGUACGAGCCUUACACCUAGAGCUUACAGUCUCUUUAUCCUUGCCUGACUGCUUAUUGGCUAUAAGAAGAUUUGUUGCAGGAGAGGUUUACCUAGUGUCAUAUAUUCAGAUAAUGCAGACUUUUGUAGCUGCUAAGUAUGAGGUACAAAGGAUGUAUAGCCACUUGGCUCCCAAAUGGAACUUUAUAGCCCCUCGUGCUCCCUGGUGGGGCAGCUGGUGGGAGAGGCUCAUUAGGUCAGUUGAGAAAGACACUAAAUCUGAACUAUGUAAGUAA